AUUCGUUGAUUGAUCAGCCGGCAAAAGGGCGAAAGGCCCCAAUCAGCAGCCCUCGGAUCUCCCCAGCAGGCUCUCAUCCUCCCCCUUCCGCUCGCUCCUAGCCCUCCCCCACCCCCUUCUUCCUCCUCCGCAGCCGUCGGAUCCCCUCCCCUUCCCUCCCACCAUCCCUUUCUCGAACACAAUUAGGACGUGUUCGUUGGUACGGCCUUCCCUCGUACUUGUUCCUCUUUUUCGUCCUCCUCCCCCGCCGCCGCCACCGCCGUCGCUGCCCGAUCCUCUCAACGAUGAUGAGCAGUGGCGAGCUGCAGAUCAAGGUGGCCCAGGCGGUGCACGUGCUCAACCACGAUUGCGAGUCCUGCAACCGGGUGGCCGCCAACCAGUGGCUAGUCCAGUUCCAGCAGUCCGACGCCGCCUGGGAGGUCGCCACCGCGCUCCUGACCUCCUCCGACUACCGUCUCCGCAUCGCCCCCCUCGACUUCGAGGUCGAGUUUUUCGCCGCCCAGAUCCUCCGGCGCAAGAUCCAGAACGAAGGGUACUAUCUGCAGCUGGCGGCGAAGGACGCUUUGCUCAAUGCCCUUCUCCGCGCUGCGCAACGCUUCUGCUUAGGCCCCCCACAGCUCCUAACCCAGAUAUGUCUUGCACUCUCGGCACUCAUCCUACGAGCUGUCGAGCACAGGAAGCCCAUCGAGCAGCUCUUCUCCAGCUUGCACCAACUGCAGAGCCAAGAGAAUGGGAACCUUGCGGUGCUGGAGAUGCUAACUGUCCUACCUGAAGAAGUAGCAGAGGACCAAAACAGGGACCACAACAUCGAUGCAGCAAGAAGAAGCCAGUUCACACGAGAGCUCCUUUCUCAUACUCCCACCGUUCUUCAGUUCCUUCUGCUUCAAUCGGAACAAAGACUUGAUGAUGAAAUUAAGCAUCGUGAGACAAAUAGGAGGAUCUUGAGAUGCUUGCUAAGCUGGGUGCGCGUGGGAUGCUUUUCAGAGAUUCCACCUCCUUCCCUACCUACACACCCCCUUCUUAGCUUUGUCUUUAACUCGUUGCAGGUUUCAUCCUCAUUUGAUGUGGCUGUUGAAGUUCUCAUUGAGCUUGUUAGUCGGUAUGAGGGUUUACCACAGGUUCUAUUAACUAAAAUACAGUAUCUGAAAGAAGUACUUCUCAUACCAGCUCUGGUUAACAAAGAUGAAAAAAUAAUUGGUGGCCUUGCAUGCUUGAUGUCAGAAAUCGGACAAGCUGCACCAGCUCUGAUUGCACAAGCAAGCACUGAAGCAUUGGCUCUUGCAGAUGCUCUUUUGAGUUGUGUCAGUUUUCCUAGUGAUGAUUGGGAGAUUGCAGAUUCGACCUUGCAAUUCUGGUGCAGUUUAGCAAAUUAUCUUAUGGGUCUGGAUUUUCAAAACACAAAUAGGAAAAUUGUGGGAGAAUUGUUUGUCCCUGUAUUCUCAGCAUUACUGGAUGCCCUUUUACUGCGUGUUCAGGUUGUUGAUGCCGGAUCCGAUGGCAGUGAUGGACUUGACAUACCAGAUGGAUUGACACACUUUAGAUCGAACCUAGAGGAGCUUUUUGUUGAUAUCUGUCAACUUCUGGGGUCUGGUGCAUUUGUUCAGAAGCUUUUAUCUGUUGGAUGGAAUUCUGCGGAUUCAUUUAUCCCUUGGGUAGAGUUGGAAGCUAGAAUGUUCGCCCUAAAUAUGGUUGCAGAAACAGUUAUGCAAUGUUCAUAUCCAUUUGACUUCUCGGUGGUUAUGCGGCUGGUGACAGCUCUAUCGACUAGAUCACCUGAUGAGCGCAGUGGCUUCUUGGUCUUUGUGUACAAAUCUGUAGCCGAGGUGGUUGGCUCGUAUUCCAAGUGGAUAUGUUCUCCCCCAAGUAAUAUUAGACCAUUGUUUUUAUUUUGUGCCACGGGGAUCACAGAAUCAAUAUCUUCAAAUGCUUGCUCCUCAGCAUUGCGUAAACUUUGUGAAGAUGCUUUAGCAAUAAUUCAUGACCCACAGAAUCUAGAAAUCCUGAUCUGGAUAGGAGAGGGCUUGGAGAAAUGGAAUCUUACAUUAGAAGAAGAGGAGGAAGUUGUUACUGCAAUAACUCUUACUCUUAAUUCAAUUCCCAACAAGGAGCUGAAGAAGAAUUCGUUAUCGAGGUUGCUCUCCCCUAGCUAUGGAGCCAUUGAGAAACUGAUAGAUGCAGAUCGUGAAGAACCUCUGAAGCGAAACCCUUCUGCUUACACACAGGCUUUAAGCUCUGCUGUCAGGGGGUUAUACAGGAUUGGGUCUGUACUUCGCCAUCUACUGGCUCCUCCCGCUGUCCAUCUAGUGAUUCCUCGCGCUGUUAAUCAUGUUGAGGAUGACACAGUUUUGGUCCUUGAAUUCUUUUGGCCACUUCUUGAGAAACUUUUUAGGUCAUCUCACAUGGAAAAUGCUAGUCUAUCUGCGGCAGCAUGUCGGUCGCUUUCUGUAGCUGUGCAUUCUUCAGGAGAACAUUUUCUGAUAUUGCUGCCUAAAGUUCUAGACUGCUUGUCUACGAAUUUUUUAUUAUUCCAAAGUCAUGAAUGCUACAUAAGAACAGCGGCUGUUGUUGUUGAAGAAUUUGGCCACAUCGAAGAAUAUGGACCUUUAUGCAUUAGCACAUUUAAUAGAUUUGCCUCAGCAGCAUCAAUAACUGCUCUUAAUUCUUCUUACAUAUGUGACCAAGAACCUGAUUUGGUGGAAGCCUACAAUAAUUUCACAUCAACAUUCGUACGCUGCUGUCCCAAGGAUGUUCUUGCUGCAUCUAGUUCACUUCUUGAAUUGUCAUUCCAAAAAGCUGCAAUUUGUUGUACUGCAAUGCAUCGUGGAGCUGCACUUGCAGCAAUGUCAUAUAUGUCCUGUUUCCUAGAGGUCAGCCUAGUCUCCGUGUUGGAAUCUUUGGCUUGUAUAACUGAAGGAUCAUUAAGUGCGGUGGUAAUUCGUAUUUUAGCACAAAAUGGUGAAGGACUGGUGUCUAGUGUUGUUUAUGCUCUUCUUGGUGUGUCAGCAAUGUCAAGGGUACACAAGUCUGCAACAAUCUUGCAACAAUUAGCAGCAUUGUGCAGCCUUUGUGGAAGGACUGCAUGGCAAUCGGUUCUUUGUUGGGCUUCCCUAUGUAGAUGGUUGCAGUCAACGGUGCAAUCUCUGCCGUUGGAGUAUCUGAAGCAAGGGGAACCAGAAACUAUAAUUCCUUUGUGGCUGAAGGCCCUAGCUAGUGCAGCUUCAGAUUAUGUAGAGAGCAAAACUUGUGACACUGGUAGAGGUGAUAACGGGCACAUGCUGGGUAAAGGGGGAAGAACCCUCAAGCGUAUCAUUAGAGAUUUUGCUGAUACACAUCGCAAUUUUCCAAAUCCCACAUGAUUCACUAUUUGAUAAUACUCUUCUAAUGCUCUUUCUUCCCCUUUCCGACUGAUGAAAUGGGAACUGUAAAUUGGAGGGUCAGAACCAGGCCAGUUUUGAUAUUUGGCAGCUGAGUUCAUUGGGCUUUGUUUAAUCAGAUUGUGUAGACAGAACUAGAGCACCCAAAAUUUUGUUGUGGCAGCUCAUGUUGCCAGAAGGGAAGUCUGAACAAUUGUGAAUCUGAGUGCAAUUAUGCCAUCUGGGAUUUUAUAAUUGUGCAGUAUUGCGCCAGAGUUGGCUAUCCGAGCCUGAUUGUGGAAUAACGAUGAAGAAUAGGAGAGUUGAUACUGUGGUGUUCUGAAACUGGCAAUUGUGCAAUAAUCUUUAGGAUAAUUCAUUUGAUUUGUCGACAUACUAUGAAGUAGGAUGUCAUCUUACAGAGUAUGCUUAUAGCUCCUCUAGUUCUUUGGACUGCUCAUCUUACAGUUGCUUUGAGGAGAAACACCCCGCAAAUAGGAAAUAGAUUUUGCUAGCAAAGAGUAAAUUGGGUGAGGUGCCCUCUAAUUGUUUGUGCAAUGUAUCGUUAUUUUCCUCAAAUAAUUGUCAAUUUGCCGAAAUUUCUUGAUCA